GAGGGCGGGCGCGCGCCAUGGAACAGAGGUUAGCCGAGUUCCGGGAGGCCCGCAAACGGGCCGCGCUGGUGGCCCAGCCCUCCACGACGAGCCAGGGCGAGCAGACCUCAGCAGCGAAGGCGGAGCCGGCGGCGGCGACCCCAAAGACAGCCCCGGGCUGGCUGAGACGCUUCCUGAAGUGGAAAGCAAGCCCCGCCAUCACGCAGGCCCGGCCCAGCCAGGUUCAGGAAGCAGCUCAGCAGCCCCCACAGAGCACAGCGGUCCCUCUGCCUUCAUCCCGACACCAGUCUCUCCUGACCAACAUCACCUUCUUGAAGGUUCUCCUCUGGUUGGUCCUGCUGGGUCUGUUCGUGGAACUGGAAUUUGGCCUGGCUUACUUUGUCCUGUCUAUGUUCUAUUGGAUGUACGUAGGGACUCGGGGUCCCGGAGAGAAGAAAGAAGGGGAGAAGAGCGCCUACUCUGUGUUCAACCCCGGCUGUGAAGCCAUCCAGGGCACCCUGACUGCAGAGCAGCUGGAGCGCGAGUUACAGCUCAGGCCCCCACGGGGGAGGUAGGACCCACCUCAGCUGGGCCUCCUAGCCUUGAGCAUGGACUCUAGAGGACAGAGGACAGCUUACAGGGUGGCCUUGUGACCUCCACUUCCUCCACUUUCCCCUUAUCUGCUGCAGUUUCGUUUUUGGACUCCUCUUUGAUUUUGGUGAAAUUUUCUAAAAGACAUUCACUGUGGGGCUGAUGCCGUUUAUAAAAGCCAUGGAAGAAGGA